CUCUCCCCCUCUUCUCCUGCCAGCAGCAUGCAGAGCUGAGGGAGCCCCAUGCCACCUCCGCUGCCGUGGUGGGUGCUGAUGACGCCCUCCUCCUGACACCUGGCAGGAUGAGCCAGCGCCAGGUGAAGGACAAGGAGAAGGAGAAGGAGAAGGAGGCGGGCCUCCAGACGCCCAGCAGGGAGCAGGUGGCCAGCCCCUCCAGCCUCAGCCCGGGGGUCAGCUACAGCCACGAUGGCGUGACAUCUCUCAGGAGGAGAGGGCUCCUCCUCUGUGGACCUCCUGAGGGUUCUCCCUUGUUUCUCCUGAGCGAGGGUUCAGCAUGUGUACAGAUCAUAAAUGAUGUUGGAGCCCCACAGGGAACUGUUCUGUCUCCCUUCCUCUUCACCCUGUACACCAGUGACUUCCAGUACAACACGGAGUCAUGCCAUCUGCAGAAGUACUCUGAUGAUUCUGCAGUGGUCGGGUGUAUUAGGGAUGGACGGGAGGAGGAGUACAGGGCAGUGGUGAGUGACUUUGUAAAGUGGGCCGAUGAGAACCACCUGCUGAACGUGCGUGCUCUUCUGCUCCUCAGAGGUAUUGGUCACAACUCUUUCCCCCAGUGCAUUGUGGGUGGGGCUGUGUUUCUAAUGAGCCGUGAGCGUGCCAGACACCUCACUGAGGCGAGACAUGGGCUGGAGAGAAGGAGGCGCAGCAGCACGGACCAAGCGACGGAGGGCAGCCCGGCGGCCUGCCUGGACGCACGCCGCCUGGAUCUAGAGCGAGGAGGGGGUCCGAGCGUGGUCCGGGCCAUCCAGGACCCGUCUGACCUUUGCCCUACUUGCCUUUACGUGUGA